AUGCAAGAAUUUGAUAUUAACUCUGAAUGUAAAUGUAUUGCCUGUCCAAAACGAAUACGUAAACAUUUAAGUGUCGAUAUAACACUACGUAAAAUCAACAAUCAAUUUCCGAAUUAUAUUGAAUCCUUCACAAAUGAUUCUAUAGUUUCUUGUGGUGCUAAUCUUGGUCCUGACGAGCCUCACAACUAUUCUGACGAUUAUAUUAUUGACGACCAUUGUCCGGUUAUUGAUGUGACAACGAAUACUACUAAUAUUGAGAAGCGAUAUAUAUGUCAAGCACCACGCACCGUAUAUAUGCAACAUUUAAAGUAUGUCUCACCUUUUCUGAUCAUCAGCGUUGAAAAUGAUGAGCCACUAAUGGUGGAACUGUCUGAUCCAUUAUAUAUUGGUUCACACGAAUACCAUUUGUCGGGCGGCUUUAAUAACAUGGAAAGUCACUUCACCGCAAUAAUUAAAACAAAUGACGGCACUUGUGUUCGUUUUAAUGAUAUACAUUCAAAAGGAUGUUUCCCACACGAUGGACUGAGUUUAAUAGCUAAUGAACAAAUGACAAAAUGGGAAAAUAGAAGAAUUGGUAAAUGA